CCGGCUAGAUCCGGUGACGUCAAGAUGGGAAAACGAAACUGAGGCGGAGGGAUUUCCCGAGAAAAGCAAUUAGACUGAGAUAUAAACAGAGGCGGUCAGUAACGGAGGACUGAGACUCCGUGGCUGAGCUGAGGGGACUGUAGCUGACCGGGGGUCGUACAGAGAAGGCCGACUUUAGCUGCACUGUUACACACAAAGCUGGCUCGCAGGUCGUGAUUUGACCAUUCGUCUUCAGCGAGGUCGAACUGGAGCUGGUGUGACUACAGUGCUGAGCUUAUUUCAGUCUUGUCCAGUGGCCGUGCUGGUCGGUGAGCCCCAAUGGACCAGAACAAGAACAAGCCGCUCUUCGUCCCCUGGCUGCGGAGGCAGAUCGACAGUAGACAGUACCCUGGAGUUCACUGGCUCAACCAUGAGCACACACUCUUCGCCAUCCCCUGGAAACACGCUCUGAGACAGGACUCCAACAGCGACGACAUCCGCAUAUUCAAGGCAUGGGCCCAGACAAGCGUCGGCUCCGAUGGCAGGAUCCAAGGCGACCCUUCGGUGUGGAAGAGGAAUUUCCGGAGUGCUCUCAGAGCCAGAGGCUUCAAGCUGGAGCUGGACAACAAGAACGAUGCCGCCAACCCUCACAAAGUCUUUAAGUGGCCAGAGGAUGGACAGUCCGGGGAGUCACGAGAAGGAUCACAAGAGUAUGAUAGUGAGAUUCCUGUCUGUGAUGCUCUGUACUUGGCAGAUGAAGAAAUGUUUCCAGGUGGAGUCGCGCCUCCUGAUUUGCUGGAGCAGUGCCUGGUGGGCCUGAACAUUGGCGGAAAUGAGCAAGAGAUUCAAAUGCCUGUUGCUGUGGAUGGUCAGCUCUUCAUGGGGCAGCCAGCAGGGGGAGAUCAGUACUCAGCUGCAGUGGCCGUUCCUGCAGUGGACAGUGCAAUUGGUGAAGUGUUCCCCAUUCAGGAAACCCUCAACAUGGGAUCGUUUUCCCCUGUUGGAGGGGCUGCUGGUAUGGGACACGUUUCCCCCGCUGAAGGCGCGGUGGCUGUCGGCCAGUUUUCUCCACUGGAGGGCGCAUUUGUGGGCACAGAGGAGCCAGUUCUGGGGCAGCCGAUGCCAGUUCAUGACACAGCCCAUAACUCAGGUCCCGGCCAGUUUUCAACACAUUACAAGGUGACUGUUUACUACAAAGGAACCAAAGUGUUGGAGCAGCUGGUGGAGAAUGAUGUGGGUUUCAGGCUGGUUUCUAGGAAAGACCCCAGUUUAAUGGCAGGUGCUCUCCCGGUUCUGGAGCUGCCCGGUAUAGACUCUAUCCUGGACCAGACCCAGGCCAUGUCAACCAGGGAUAUCCUGGUUAAUCUGGGGGGUCUGGAGGUCAGGAAGGAGGGCGGUACAGUGUACAGUCAUCGCUGGGGCGACAGCCGGGUCUACUGGGGUCUGUGUAAACAUGAGCGGGGGGCUGAACCCAGGCCCCUUUCCAAAAACCAGCCUGAGCCCAUCUACUACUUCAAACACUUCUGCUCAGGUUUGAUGGCGUUUAUGGAGAACAAUCGGGCUCCAUCUCCUUCGUACACCCUCUUCUUCUUUCUGGGGCAGAACUGGCCUGACCCCAAAAACAAACCCUGGGAGAAGAAGCUCAUCAUGGUAGAGGUGGUCCUCACCUCGCUGGAGAAGCUGAAGCUGAUGGCCGUGGAGAACGGCGCGUCCUCACUACAGUCUGAUGAGCUGCAGCUUUCUCUGGAGCAGAUGAUGGAAAUGUGCUGAAACGCUUUUAAGAUCAAAAAGCUGGAUAGAGUUAAAUUAUGAAUUAUGCACUUUUUAGAGCUCUUUUAAAGCGAUGGUUCAGCUGGAACUUUUGUCCUCAUCUCAGAUGUGUGCAAAGUUUGCUUCUUUAGUUUUGCGCUGGAGCUACGAGGCUGAUGUAGCUAACGAGUGCUGGAGCCGCCAGUGAGCCUUCCACACACUGCAUGUCUAGAUAAUCACAUAUUUGCUUCAAACCCCAUUGAGAUUUCAUUAAGCUUCUGUCACAGAUGUUCACAAGUCACUUCAUGCGAUUCCAAGUCAAGUCGAGUCUCCGGCGUGCAAGUCUGAGUCGUGUCUCAAGUCUCUGGUGUGCAAGUCCGAGCCAAGUCUGUCACCUUGUAAUCUGUUGGAGCGUCUGACGUGUGAGUCUGAGUUGAGUUUUGAAUCUCUGAGUGUUAAUCCGAUUCAAGUCUUGAGUCUCUUGGGUUGGAGUUUGAGUCAAGUUUUGAGUCUCUGAGGUGAGUCAGAGUUGAGUCUCAAGUGAGUCUGAGUCAGUUCUCGACUAUCUGCAGUUUGAGUCUGAGUCAAGUCCCGAGGCUCUGGGGAUUGAAUCUGAGUUUAAGUCAGUGACGAUUCUCUGGGGUUUGAGUCCGAAUCGAGUCCUGAGUCUCUGAGGUGAGUCAGAGUCGAGUCUCAAGUCACUCAGGUUAGAGUCCGAGUCAGAGUCAAGUCCCGGGGCUCUGGUGUGUGAGUCUGAGUCAAGUUUGAAGGGUCUAGGUCUAAGUCUAGGGCAAUUUUUUGGGGUUCGAGUCUGAAGCAAAUCUCUAGGCUCUGGGGUUUAAGUCUGAGACGAUUCUGUGGGGUUCGAGUCUGAAUCAAGUCUCUAGGCUCUGGGGUUUAAGUCUGAGACGAUUCUUUGGGGUUCGAGUCUGAAUCAAGUCUCUAGGCUCUGGGGUUUAAGUCUGAGACGAUUCUUUGGGGUUCGAGUCUGAAUCAAGUCUCUAGGCUUUGGGGUUUGAGUCUGGGACGAUUCUUUGGGAUUCGAGUCUAGGUCAAGCCUCAAGGGUCUGGGGUUUAAGUCAGUGACGAUUCUCUGGGGUUUGAGUCCAAAUCAAGUCCUGAGUCUCUGAGGUGAGUCAGAGUCGAGUCUCAAGUCACUUAGGUUGGAGUCCGAGUCAAGUCUCGAGGCUCUGUGUUUCAAGUCCACUAGUUUUAAAGAAAUGUGAUCUGUAUCUUACUAAAACUUUUUGCUGAAAACUUCAGCUAGAUUAGCGUUGCCAUAGCUACAAUACUUGCUAUUCAAACUUCAUGAUAGCCAACACUUUUGCCUCGUUUCUUUAGACAACACAUGCUGCAUGUAGCGCUUCGAUCUGGGGGUUUUCUGUAAUGAAAGUCUCUUGAUUUGAAGCCGAAAUUAACCUGACAAGCUGCAUGAGAACAGCGUUGCAGUACUGGCUGCGCCCGACUGCAGCAAACCCGACAGGCGACUUCACACACACAGGAAACGAAGGGUUUUAUUCAUUUACCACAUUAAGGUUGGCGGCUCUACUUUAAUCACUUUCAGGCUGAAAUAUUAUGAGCCUUGAGUCUGAGUCAAGCUGCGAGUCAGUUAGACUCGAGUGCCCAUCUCUGACUUCUGUUACUUGUUAGCUACAUUAGCUUCAUAGCUCCAAAGCUAAAGACACAAACUUCAGACUGGUCGACUGUAUUUGAGGUAACAAACUGUAAAUUCGAUUUAUGGUUGAACCAUCGCUUAAAGUACAAACUGACCUGUGAUCCCUGGGGUGAAAGUGUUCACUUACCUUGUUUACUGAGACGAAUGCCGUGUUUCUGUGGUCAUUUGUCUUCUUUCGAUUAAAUUCUGAGGUGAAAACUUUUCCUAAGUGGACUUUUAGGAGUGUUGUGGUAUAAUAUUGUUAUUUUUAUGGAUGAAAUGGCAGAUUUGGAUGAAAUCGGAGAUGAAAUGGUAUAUAUUCUCAUUACAGGUGUAACUAUAUAUCACUGCUGUCGCAAAACCUCUUAUCUCAAAUUUUGUAGUUUUUCAGUUUUUAACAAAAUUUAAAAGUACCUGUUUCUCUUUACAUUGUAUGUAAAUUUUGUGAUGAACGGACCAAAAGAAACGGCCCAAAAUUACUAGUAAAAAAGUCUGGUUCCAUUGACUUACAUUAAAAGUAAGGUAGGUUUUUUCCUUCUCCUGUAAAGUUACCAUUUUGGAGCUAUGAGGUUUUGUUCCGACAGCGGCGAAAUGAAUUUUUUCAGUAAAUACAUUCCAAAAAUUUCUGUCAACCCACUUAAACCACAUCCAGGCCAAUUAAAAUUCCAGGUUAACAGCUAUUUAUGAAAAAGAAUUAACGUAAGCCGUAAAUGUGUGUCUGUGCGAAGGGGAGUCAGGUUCAGUGGGGAGUUCAGCACAGCACCCUGUUGUCUACAAUGGCUGACCGCUGCAUUGAGCCACACGAGUUUUGUUCAUUUUUAUAGCUCACAGUAAAUCAUACUGUGCUCUAAACCACAUCGACAAGCCUGUGCCACCUUAAUGAAGAGCUGGAUGCGCUUUGAGCUGGUUAAGAGAAAUUUUGUGGGUGUAUUUAAAGAAAAGAUUUGGGUGACUAUUGACUUCUAGUGUUUGUUAGCAACAUUAGCAUCAGAGCUCCAGCGCUAAAGAAGCAAAAUUUGGGCUGAUCGACUACUUUUUUAACGCUCUGUUUACAAAUAAUAGAACUAUGGAAUGCACUUGUAUGUAAUGUAUGUGCUGCACAUCUUCUCAAUAAAAAAGAUAUUUAAAAUU